AUGGAGAGGACGAGGUUGAGGAAGUUGAGGAGGGUGAGGACGGCGGAGUGGAUUGGUGGGUUGGGGGAGGGGCAUGCGGAGGGUGAGAAGAAGGAGGGAGGGAGAGGGGGAGCGGAGGAGGGGGAGGAGGGUGGUGAGGAAGAGAAGGCGGAUGCGGGGGAUGGGGAAGAGAAGGCGAGUGUGGGCAAUGGGAAAGAGAAGGCGAAAGUAGGAAAUCGGGAAGAGAUGGAGAUACACGAGGAAGCGGAGAUGCGGAAUGGCAUCAACGGAGCGGAGACAGACUCUGAGACAGAUUCUGCUGAAACAGUAAAGGAGAAGGUCUGGAAGGGGAAAGAGAGGGCGGUAGAGCAGGACUCGGAAGGUUCAUGUUCUAGUUGCCUGGAGGCGCAGGGGAAGAUAGAGGAGCAAGAAGGCGAUGUCCCAAAAGAGUGCAAGAGAGGGCAGAAUGACGAAGACGAAGACGAAGACGAAGACGAAGACGAAGACGAAGAUGAAAUGUCACAGACAGGCUCAGACAAAGACCCUGAAUGGUUAAGCAGUUGGAAACAGGUCGUGAUGGCGUCUAGAGCACAGGUUGGCAGUCCUGCAUAUAGGGCAGCCGAGCAACGGCUCUCUGCUACUAGGCUCUCCUAUCGUCGCGAGGACCAGAUUAAAGCUUUGCGGCCUAGAUCACAUUGA